AUGGGUGCACUUGUGGUUACUCUCUACCAUGGUCCAAUGCUUAUGUCUUCACACUCCGAUUGGAUUAUUGGAGGUGGCCUUCUUGCUCUCCAAUACAUCCUCAUCUCCAUCUCUUACCUUGUUAUGGCACACACAAUGAGUCGAUAUCCAUCUACCGUCAUUGUAACGCUCGUCCACAAUGUUUGCGUUCUCAUUGUGUGUGCAUUCGUUAGUCUUUUGGUGGAGAAAGAUGAUUCCAAGGCAUGGGUCAUAAGAUUUGACACAACCUUGAUUAGCCUUGUAGCAACGGGGAUUUUGAAUUCCGGAUACUAUAUUAUACAUUCAUGGGCGGUUAGUCACAAGGGACCUGUGUAUUUGUCGAUGUUCAAACCGUUAUCUAUAUUGAUCGCAGCCGCAUCAACUACCAUUUUCCUCGGCGAGUCGAUCUACCUUGGAAUGUUGUUAGGAGGAAUAUUGAUAUCAAUAGGAUUUUACAUGGUGUUGUGGGGUAAAGCCAAGGAAGAUAAAGUGGACAUAUCAAGAACCAUAGAGUCGUCUCCAUCACAAAAAGCUCCUCUCUUGGGUUAUUAA